CUCCUCUGGCCCUGCUCCAACAGCUCCAUGUCAUUAUGUUGGUGCCCUAGAGCUGGAUGCGGUACUUUCCUCCCGCCCGGCUCCCUGAGGGGCGGGAGAUGGCGGGGGGAGGCGGAGCCGCGCGGGAAGGAACCGCUCUUCCCCCCAGCCCUCUCUCCUGUCGCCGGUCGCGCCUCAGUCGCAUCGCGGCGGGACCGUGCCGGGGCCCGGUCCGGGUUCUCUGCCAGGCCCCGCUCCAUUCCCCCGGGCCGGAGCCGCGUGCUGCACCAUGACAACUACCUCAGCAGAUAGCUCCGGUAACUGUGAACGUUAACUGUGAAAAGUGGCAGGCGGAACUGAGCUAGAGUCACAGUAGCUCUGGUUUGGACUAUUCAGAAUAUACCUUUGAGUCCUUCAGCGAGGAGGAAGAAGCCUGAUGGCAGCGAGAGAGCGAACCAUCUGAAUCGUAUUGUUCCACAGAGGAUUCAGUGAUCCGCUGUGUCGGAUGCAUUGGAAAGCAUGUCGUGGUUGGCAGGCCAAAAUCCUGCAGAUGAGCAGGCUGAAGUAGCGGAUUCUGCAGGUAUAGAAAGAGAUGUCAUGGGAAAAUGGAUUGAUCUGAAAAAUAAAGAAGCCGACAUUAAGCAAGACAAAUCUGUCAUCAAAACUCAUGCUGAAAUUACUGAAUUCUUAGAUGGAGAACUGGAUGCUCUCCAGUCUUUUUGCACCAUUAAGAUAAGUAAGAUGCGUCAGCAGCUGAUCUCUAAGUGGGCAAAUGGUGGCAAGUCAAGGAAGCCGCAGCAUGGAUUCACAGCAAAGAAACCGGAGACAAGUGAUUUGAACUGCACUGUUCCUGAUCAGCUAAUUAACAGAAUCCGCCUGAAAAAUAUCAGAGAGACUGUUAAACAGGUACUGCAAGGAAGAAAAAAAUUUAGAUUUUUGCCUACGCUUUUGUGA